AUGUUCGCGUCAAUACUUUUCGGCGUUGUUUUGCUGAUUCUUUCUGCUCGCGGGCAAUUUGUUGCCCAGCCAGCAGAUCUCAAGACGGUCAAAGGAGCGGCAGGAACCACUGUUCGAUUUAAAGAAGUACCCAACGGAAUAUGCGAGACCGACCCGAAUGUCAAAUCCUUUGCCGGCUACGUGGAUGUCAGUCCAACUCAGCAUAUUUACUUCUACCUAAUUGAAGCGAAGCAAAAUGCAGCCUCCACACCUAUGACAAUCAGACUGGAUGGGGGCCCGGGAGCUUCGUCCAUGGGCGGACUCUUCCUCGAGCUCGGGCCUUGUACUAUUGAUGCGAGUGGAAAGGUGGUGAACAAUCCAAACUCCUGGUCAGCCAUUAGCAACAUGCUGUUUAUCGACCAACCCGCAACUGUGGGCUUCUCAUUCACCAAAUUGGUCAACGGCACUAUCAACCCCAAGACCGCAGAGAUUGUUCCACAGCAGUGCACGUUAGCGGAUCCGAUGUGUGGCACGUACUCCUCCAUGGAUCUCUCUCUGACGCCGAACUCAACGGAAGAGGCUGCCAAGGUGUUCUAUCAGGUGAUGCAAGGAAUCAUGGGCGCCUUUCCUCAAUACACAGCAAACGGUGUGCACAUCACAGGUCAAUCCUACGGCGGUCAUUACGCACCCAUCUUUGCUGACCACAUAAUGCUACAAAACCAGCUCGGCGUACCCGAUACCGUCAACGUACCCCUGAAAUCGAUUUCUAUUGAAGAUGGGUUCAUGGAUAGUCGCGUGCAAUUUGGGGCAUAUUUCAACUACUCGGUAUCGCCUGGCAACCCGUACGAUCUCACGCCGUUCAACGAUACUCUCCGUCAAAAACUCUUCACCAACAUGUUUGGCGCCGGAGGCUGCCAGGAUAAACAGACGGCAUGUAACAGCAACCCCACCGAUAAGGUAUGCGCGGACGCGGACGCCUUUUGUAUCAAGAACGUCGAAGAGUUCUGGGACGUCAACACUGGUCGCUUCGAGAACGACAUUCGCUUGUUAUCGCCGGCCCCCUACCCGGCGCCGAAUUUCAUCGCAUAUCUCAACCGAGCCGACGUUCAAGCAGCCAUCGGAGCCUCGAACAACUUCACCGUGGCCUCAGUACAGACCAGUAUCAGAUCCAGCUCGACGGGCGAUGACAGCCGCACAGGUGCGCUUGUCGUCCAGUCCAUGAAGAAUCUGCUCCAGCAAGGCGUCACCGUCGCGCUCUUCACCGGCGAUGCCGACUACGAUAGCAACAUGAUCGGCGCUCAAAUGGUGGCGGCUGAAGUCGGGGCCGCGAACUGGGCUUCUGCGGGGUUUGUGGAUCUGUCAGCGAACAGUGACGGGCAGGUUCCUGGCCAGGUGAAGCAAGCUGAUGGAUUCUCGUUCACGCGACUUCACUUUGCGGGACACGACUCUGCGUUCAGCCAGCCUGAAGCUGCGCGCCGAAUACAAGAACGCGUAAUCAAAGGGGUGGAUAUCGCAACUGGAACAACUCCGAUGGUGUUUGGGAAGAAUUUGAUCACAAAGGGACCACCGGAAAGUGUGUUCACAGAGGGAAUGGCAACGGUUCAGACAAAGCCUCUGCCUAAGGGUACAAUAUACGAUCCGCACACCCAUCUGCCUGUACUCCCGGUACGAUCAGCCGUAGUAGACACCAGUGUUGCCGCCCAGGUUGAUGGGGAUCAAGAUACGACGGAUCACCCGCUAACAUUUAUGACGGCGAAGAACAUUAGGAAGCUGGUCAGAGAGAAUGCAGUGCUCAUGAGAGGCUGA